AUGAAACGUAGUAACAAUAACGGUAAUCAAAGUUACAAUAAUAUUAAAAAAGCAAGGCAUAAUCCAAAUAAUAGUAGUGGCAACGUUUUUUUAACAAGAGCACUAAUAGCUGAUUAUUAUCAUAAAGCCGCUCCGUUGAGAUUAAAGCAACCCACAAAUCGACCUUCAAAAAUUUAUCAAAAAUAUUCUACAAAUGUUAUUAGACGAACUGUAUAUCUUGGAAAUUUACCACCAAAUGUAGAAGUUUAUAAACUUAUAAAUCAAAUCAAAGUUGGUCCAUUAGAGUCUGUAAAACUACAUCCUGACAGAAUUUGUGCAUUCAUUUCUUUUAUGAAUGCUACUCUUGCAAAAGCAUUUUAUGAUGAAGCUACGAACAACCAAAUUUUUUAUGAAGGUCAAGAACUUUACGUUGGUUGGGGUAGAUUAUCAGCUGUACCUUUAGGUGUUCAAUUAGCUGUUGAAGAAAACAAUGCUUCACGUAACGUUCUCCUAGAAAAUUUGGAUGAUUCGAUCACUGAAAGGAUUUUACAUAGAGAUUUGGCUGAAUAUGGUUAUAUUGAUACUAUUCAAAUUAUCAGAGAAAAAAAGAUUGGAUUAGUUCAUUUCUGGAAUAUUUCAAGUGCCAUUAGAGCAGUUGAAUCAUUACCAUCAAAAUACGCAUACAAAAAGGUUAAAGUUGAUUAUGCCAAAGACCGGUGUGAAAUAUAUAUGCAAAACACUCUCCUUCAAAGCUUUGGAAAUAAGGCAUCUCAUAAUCCUUAUCUUGAUGUUAUGUCAACAACUCGUAAUCCUUAUCUUAAUGAUGUGACAACAACUCGUAAUCCUUAUCUUAAUAAUGUGUCAAUUCAUGAUCAUAAUCUUAAUGCUAUGUCAUCAAUUCAUAAUCAUAAUCUUAAUGCAUGCACUUUAUUUCACAAAAGAUAUCAUCCCAAUGAAAAUCAACACGCAUUAUCUGAAGAAACUAUGGCAAAUAUAUAA